UUGCAGAUAAGGCUGAUGGUUAGUUCAGAAAUAGCAGCAAGAGCAACCGCAACAUGGACGCGGAGACAGAUGCAAAACCGAAAGCUGAGUCACUUAAUGUGUUGUGUGCUAUUUGCAAUGAGUUUUACAAAGCAAACGAUGUAGUUUAUUCCACAAGUAGUUGUGGGCAUGUUUUCCAUAGAGAAUGCCUCUUCCGCUGGCUCAGCCGUUCCCAGAGUUGUCCACAGUGUCGAGCUGCUUGUCAUCAGCAGCGUGUGCAUCGCUUAUACAUGAAUUUCGCGAAAAGAACUGAAUUCGAUGAGGUGGAGACAACUGAAAUUGGGGAGGAGGAACCUUUGGAACGCAUCCAAUGGGUACCUAUCGAUUUGAGUGAUCCCUUGACUUCUAUUGACCUCGAAGGUGCCGUGCAAUGUGGAACUGAUCACGAGGGAUUCAAUACGUAUGUGGCACGAGUCCGUCUACACUACGAUCUGCUCCCGGCCAAUUUUGUGCCAGAAAAGAGAGCCGUAUACGCACCCUGGGAUCAAUCUGCUCAUCGUCUUAACACGGAGGUAGAGUUGUUGAUUCUUAAAGACUGUGAACUCAAAUGGGAACAGAAAUCACAUGGCAACGUCCCCUGGAACGCCCUCGAAACUGGCUACGCCGAAGGCGGCGAAGUACUGUACACCGGACGUACAAUACAUGAAGGUCGGAUGUUGCUUGGAAAGGUCCAUCCUUCCCACAUGUGUCUAUUUUAUCCCACUGAAACCCAAGAACUAAGGGCUCGUAGUUAUGAAGUCCUUGUGGUUACACCCAAAGAAUAGAGCGAACGUUAAUCGAAUUUGAAUUUUAUACUGUCGGUUCUUCGCACAACUGUCAUAAUCAAUGCAAAGCAAGUUUUAAACAUUAUAUAUUGUGUUCUUAAAUGGUCUCUGAAAAUAUUAGCAUUUAAAUGCAUAUAAUUCGAAUUUUAACUCAAA